GAAAUUUUUUGGGGAGUGGUUUAAAAUGUCGUCAGCGGUUCAACCUGAGAACUUUUGGAGUGGCCAAAGGCGAGAGAAAGAGAGAGACACACUGCUCCUACUCGUGUGGUAUCGCCUGCCCUCUUACCUCUCUCGACGACGUCCACCGCCAUUCUCACUCCCUUCCGCUGCCAAGAGGGCAAGAGCGAGGGCAAGGCAUCGACAUCGAGACGGAGAAGGAAAUCGAGCGGUCCAGGGAAAGAGAGCAUAGCCAUACGAUGGAGCCGUCAUCAUCGUCAGCAUAGCCACACACACACACUCUACCACCCUCUCCUUUCUCCCCACUUGCACGCUCGCGACUGGUGCGAGCGACCUCUUUCUUUCUCCUCUCAUAUUCGUCUAUUGCAGAGUCUAUGAUCUAGUCGACUAGAUCAAAACCCCUUUCUACCCACCAAACUCCGAUCAAUUCGCAAUGAUCAGCCCGCAGGCUCAGAACGCUAUUGGCGCGCCACUGCAGGCAGACGACAGCGCCGUCGCCUCGCCUGACGAUCCGCCCGAUCAUGGUCGACCUCCUCGAGGUUCGGUGGCAGCAGCUGCAGCUGCACACGCCGACGCGAGGAGGUCGCCUGUAUCCUUUGCCAGGAGUGGCUACCCGCAUGCAUACAGCAGCCAUGGCUUCAGCAGGAGCUGGACGAGCGCGUCGUCGUCCAUGUCUGAUCAGCCACAGCGCCGACCGAGCCUCGAGUUGACGGUGCCGGUGCCCGCGUCGCCCAGUGUCGCCGACAGCCAGUCGGAUUUUGAGCACGAGCACGAGCUUGAUAGUCCGAGCUCACUCUCGAGCUGGAACUCGUAUGUCGGCGGACGUCGUGGCGACCUGGCCGACGUCGAGGACCUCGAACUCGACGGUGGACCUGGCUGUGAGCCCGAGCUCGAGACCGUCAGCGAGCUCGACGAAGAGAGCAGCAGCUUCGCCAGCGGUAGCGAUCGUCCCUUUCCGGACUCUGAAGACGACGACCAUCUCCACCAUCACCACAAUGGUCAGAGUCACAAUCACCAGCAGCAGCAACAGCAGCAGCGACUUCACUACUCUUCCACGCCAUCGCCUCGGCGAAAGGUGCAGGCUGCGCCACCGCCACCGACGUACCCGCACUUUUCGCCCAGGGCAGGCGGACACGGCCUCUCGCACGCCUCGCGAUAUACCCUCCGUGCGCCACCGAACCUGGCGGCGAGGAGGAAGAAGGGCAGGAUCGCAGAGCUGGCCGACGAGUCGGGGCCCAACGAUCCUUCGUCAUUCGCUCCUACCGAAAUGCCCAGCAGCGCGGUCGGCAAGGUGGAAAAGGCAAAGGUUAAGCGAACGCCAAGCCAGACGUCCAAGACCUCGCCGGCUCGCAUCGUCAAGGACCAAGGCUCAGACCCGCUAGCGGAGCAAGAUGCGAAGCAGCAGCAGCAGACGCAUACAAUGGCGCCUUCUCAGCCGGAAGCGCAGGGCAGCGGCAAGGACGAGCCAGGCACGCCCAAGCCCCACUCCUGUGCCUCGUCCUCCUGGAGCGAGUUCGAAUUCGUCGGACCACCACCCAUGCCUGCUCGCUGCGUCAGCCCCAGCGAAACGGUUCCCGCCGUGCCCAGCCCCCUGUCCGUCUGCCUCAACUCUGCAGAUGAAGGCGAACAAACGGCGGUGGCCAACCAGGCAUCGUCCAAUGGCAACAUCGAGACGGAGACGUCCGCUGCAGACGAGACGGUGACAAUCGACAAAGAGAGCAACUCGCCCUCUGUCUUGCAAAAGUCGACUGAUGCCACUGUGGCUCUCGGCAAAGACAACGCGACGCCUUCUUCCUCUUCCUCGCCACCGGCGUCCCCAGUGCUGGCUCGCAAGCCAUCGCGCAGUCGACGCUCUUCGUCGCCCACACGGAGCAAGCCGAAGAUGCCGCUCCGACCAUGCUUCCGUCGUCGCGCCUCUGCCCGUCCGGCCGACACUGACUCGGGGCUUUCCUCCAAGCGAGAAUCGUCUUCGGAGCGCGAGUCAUCGGGCCGCGGCAGGGCCAACAAGGUGCGCUUCUCUGUCGCUCCACCGCAGGAGGUCCGCACCCACAGCCCAGUCGAAUAUGACCGUAAGGCAUGCCCGAUUAGCAACCGGCUCAGCCCUGAAGACGUCGAGGAGCUGCGCAACAUGAAGAUGGAAAUGGGCCUUCUCGAAGCAAAGUGGGCCGCCAUGUCGGCUUGCAAGGACAAUAGCGAACACGGCACUGACGGCGAGGAGUCGGACUCAUCGUGCCCGUCCACGACAUGGGACCCUCGCAAGUGGAAGGCGGACAAGAAGGGCGCAAUUCCCUCUUCGGCAUCCGCGCCAUCGACGCCAUUCCGCGAUGAAGACGACUCGAGCAACAGGCUUUCGUCGCCGUCAGAUCCUCACCGUAAGCGCGCCGACUCGAUUGCGUCGGAAUCUCCCUCAAGCAUGUGUGGCAGCCGAUUUGCAGAGAGGGAUAGCGCGCUAUUGGGCCCGGGAGGACGACUAGCAUCGAGGGCUGCCAUGUCACCGUCGGAGCACCUGCGUAUGGAGCGAGAAAAGGAGCGCGAGAGGGCGUGCCGACUCGCAGGCAUCGGGACGGGCGUAGGCUUCCGCUAUUCGGGCGGCCAGAGCUCGGCAAGGCAGAUGCAUCACGGUGGAAUGGCACCGCUCGGGUGCCAAUCCUCGCUCAUCAGCAGGUUUGGGCUGAGCAAGCCACCGCCUCCUCUGCCGGGCACACCGCCCACCUCGAUGAGGAGCAGCCCUUGCUCUGGACCGAGCAGUCCCCACGAUUAUCGAAGUAUCGAGGAGCAAGAGCAGCAGACAGAGGCAAGAGGACGUUCGCAGAGCCCUGGCACGAGCCAGAGCCCCGCGAGGAGCGUGUCAGCGCCUCCUGUGCGCGGAAGACCAGGCACCCAAAUCCAGAAGGAGGAGGAAGUCGCCGAGCAAGACGACGGCGACGACGACGAACAGCCUCGUGGACGGUCACUCGAGCUUCGGAAGGGGCCACGACCCACGAAUGACUCGACUUCGACGGACGCGACCGUCACCCAAGACUCUUCGUCGCCAUCCUCGUCAAGAUCCGUCUCGACAAUCCCGUCGCUGACGCAUACAAGUCCCAGCCCCGAUCGGAGCUCGGCGUCUUCGUCCCCUACGCGCCGUGGAGGUACAGCCUCGUUUCUGUCGACAUAUUCGCCUCCCAAGCCAAAGGAGCCGGCGCAGGUCCACGCGCCAUACCCGACCCGCCCGUCCCUUCCACCAUCCAAGGUGUCGCCACUGCUCUACAAGCAGGUUCCGCCAACGCCUGCUCCUCUGCCAGUGCCGUCCUCUUGCGGCUCUUCUGCCCCUUUCUGCGGAGGAGGAGGAUGUGGUGGCUACGACAGUCCUGCGAGCGAGUUCUACGAGUCUGGCAGCGAAUACGACCUCAUCGGUUGACUGCACCUUUCCCAUUUCCCACUUUCUCAGCAUCAAGCAUUGACAAUUUCUCGAUACUUUUCCUUCUCUUGAUACACCCGUUUCUUUCUCAACAUCACACACCUUUUGGGCAUUUUGUUACAGUACUCUACUUCUCCCGUCAUCUUUUCUGCAGCUUUCAGUCUCCUCUUUGGCCUUCCUUUUUCAUUCCCGCUUGUCUCGUCCUUGUAAUCAAUUUCCGACAUCCAGAGCAUCACUUUUACUUUCUCCUCGCAAAUACGAGCCCAUGC